GUGGGCGUGGCUAUCCGCUUCCCCGCAGCCCCAGGUUACCACGGUCUCUUCGGUCACCACGUUCUCCCCGGUCUCCACGGUCCCCGCGGCCCCGCGACCCUAGGCCAUGGCCCCCGCGGCCGCCAGCCCCCCGGAGGUAGUCCGCGCGGCGCAGAAGGACGACUACUACCGUGGCAGGCUGCGGAGCGCGGCGGGCGGCGCCCUGCACAGCCUCGCGGGUGCGAAGAAGUGGCUGGAGUGGAGGAGAGAGAUUGAGCUGGUGUCGGAUGUCGCCUACUUUGGCCUCACUACACUGGCAGGCUACCAGACCCUCGGGGAGGAGUACGUCAGCCUCGUGCAGGUGGACCCGACCCAGGGCCGAGUGCCCUCGAGGUUGCGCCGCGGGGUCCUGGUGGCGCUGCACACGGUCCUGCCCUACUUGCUGGACCAGGCCCUGCUCCGCCUGGAGCGCGAGCUGCAGGCCGGUGGCGACGGUGCCCGGGGCCCGUCGGGGGCCAGGCGCUGGAUGCGCCGGUGCUCGGCCGCCCUGACGGAGCAGCAGCAGGGGGCGCUCCUGCGGGCUGUGUCGGUGCUCAGGCAGGGCCUCGGCUGCCUCCAGCGCCUCCACGUCGCCUGGUUCUACAUCCGUGGCGCCUUCUACCACCUGGCCAAGAGGUUCACAGGCACCACCUACCUCCGUGUCCGCCACCCGCUCGAAGAGGACCCUCGGGCCCGUGCCAGCUACAGGCUGCUGGGGCUCGUGUCCCUGCUGCACCUGGCACUGACCGCGGGCCUGCAGCUCUACGGCUUCCGGCAGAGGCAGCGCGCCCAGAGGGAGUGGAGGCCGCAGCGUGGCCUGUCCCACCGCAGGAGCUACGCAGAGGAGAGAGCAGUUUCCAGAACCUCGCUCUGCACCUUGUGCCUGGAGGAGCGCAGGUACUCGACGGCCACGCCCUGCGGCCACCUGUUCUGCUGGGGCUGCAUCACCCACUGGGCCGACACCAAGAUGGAGUGUCCCCUCUGCAGGGAGAAGUUCCUCCCCCAGAAGCUGGUCUACCUGCGGCACUACCGCUGACCCGACGGAGGGAGGAGCCCAGGAGUCUUUCCUGACGUCAGGAGGAAGUUUAUUCUCAAGGUUGACAAGUUGACUUUACUUGCACAGAAAUCAUGAAACUCUCAAGUCUUUUAUUCUUUGUCACAUAAGAUACCGUGCCAGCCGCCAGGGAGGACAGGCGCUGGACCUGGACCUGGCCGUGAAAUGGCUUCAGGGCAGGUUGGGCAGGGCCUGCAGGGCUGCCAGCCAGACAGCUCAGCACUUAAAGAGAAUUUUCCUCCCUUCUCCAAACCGGUCAUUUGUAUCCAACACCAGGCACACAGUGGGGGCAGGGCCAGGCGGGCCAGGACUGAGCAGUGUGCCUUCCCAGCAUGGUCAGUCUUCCAGCCCAAACGACCCACAAACCUUAACCCUUGUCACUGGAGCUGGCUUUGGGGGCAAGGGGGCACAGCCCUUCCCGGAAAGGACCGAGAUCGAUCGCCCCCUAACACAUUUGGCAGGUGCCUUGUAAUGAAUGUCAAGUUUGUUUCCCGUUUUAGAAAACGGAGAGCUUCUUCCCUGGUGACGCAGUGAUUAAGAAGCCGCCUGCCAAUGCAGGGCACGUGGGUUCAAGCCCUGGGCCGGGAAGAUCCCACAUGCCGUGGAGCAACUAAGCCCGUGCACCCCAGCUACUGAGCCUGCCCUCUAGAGCCCGUGAGCCACAACUACCGAGCCCACAUGCCACAACUACUGAAGCCCACACGCCUAGAGCCCGUGCUCCACGAGAAGCCACCACGAUAAGAAGCCCGCACACCGCAACGAAGAGUAGCCCCUGCUCGCCGCAACUAGAGAAAGCGUGCGCGCAGCAACAAAGACCCAACGCGGCCAAAGAUAAAAAAUUUUAAAAAGAAAUAAAUAAAAAGAAAAUGGAAGUGUGCGUCCUGGCCUCUCAACACGAGCGGUCACCUCCUGCUUGGAGCGCCUGGCAGGUCCCAGCCAGCCUAACCCACUGAGGCCACCCGUCUCCAAAGCUGGUAGUGGGCCAGCUUGCCUACACCGGCUCACGGCUGUGUCCAACACACUUCCUGCCACCACUUUUAUUUUCAGGUUUUUAGAGCUACCUAAGCUGUGCAGAGACAGGACUUCACCAUAGGCAUCCUUACACCACCAGUUCCACAGAAGUGCUGGUGUGUUAGCGCCGUGAGGUGAACGGAAGCCCACGUGGAAGGGGCCCUCCCAGGGCCCCUGCAGGCUGCUUCUCCCUCCAUGUGACUCUGUGGGCGCCGUGAUGCAGGAACACAGACUCCUCAGCGAGCAGAGGUCAGCCCCAGAGGCAGGCCGUGACCGUGGGCCCUGCUCCAGACAGGCAGGAGCCCCAGGGGAGGCUCCACGGUUCCCAAAACCCCUUACUUACACUCACCAAGUGCCCGCAAUUUCCCGUAUUUCAGGCCUGUGCAUUUAUCAUGAGAAAGUAUGAAAAACCAAAAAAAGUCUAGAGUUUGAACACCUCAGGUACCACAAUGUGGUAAUAAAAGUACCAAUUUGGACAUCAUUUACACGUGAAGUUAAAAUUCAGGAUCAGGUACACAAAAGGUCUUCAUACGGCCUCUUAAAAGCAAGAGGAGCUCGAUUUCAGCUAGGCAAAACCUGGCAAAAGAAAAGCCAGGCGGUAAACACUCGAUGUCUGAAACCCGCAGGCAGAUGGAAACGGCGCUUGCAGCGGGGAGUGGGAACAGACCACCGGUGUCUGGGCCGCGGCCCCAGCAGCACGGCCCGCCCUCCAGGGAGGCCGCGCUCCCCCGCCAGGCCCUCAGCGCCGGAGGCGUAGCGGGUUACGUGAAGACUACGGGAGAGCAGGGACGUCGUCUUUAAUGAGGCUGGAAUUAAAAAGUCACUCGGUGAAAUGUUUAUGAGUACUGGUUUUUAUCACAUCAAAAAAGUUGACAUGCAGGUCAGAGCUGUUUCCCCGCAGAAAGUGGGAAGCCAUGUGUGAAAAGCCACAGAACUGGCUGCUCCUGCCAGGUGUCUCUGAAAAGGGGCUGCUGCAUCAAAACACGUUUAAGUUAAAACAACCCUUCACGUAUCAAAGAAAUGUGUCAAAAUAAUCUCAAACAAUUAAAAUAUAUAUAUUUAUAAUUCCAGGCCCUCAGAAGCAAUCACGGUAGUUAAGAACGAAGUUUUGAGUCAUUAUGAUAGAGGCCAACUCAACGCAUCUCUAGCGAGAUGAAAUUCGGAAACCGGCAUUAGAGCCCGGAGUUGCCGCAGAAUCUCCUCCACGCGCCGGACGGACGGGCGAGCGUCCUCCGGGGCCACGGUGAGCGUCCCGGGAGGCAGCAGCUGGCGGCGUCCUGGCUCCUUCCGCGGACCCGGCCCCCCGCCCCCGC